AUGGCAAAGAAUACAGUGACCUAUGAUGAUGUGUAUGUCAACUUCAAUUGGGAAGAAUGGACUUUACUGGAUCCUUCCCAGAAGAAUCUCUACGAAGAUGUGAUGGUGGAUACCUACAGAAACCUCACUACUAUAGGAUACAGUUGGGAAGACCAUAAUAUUGAAGAACAUGGUCAAAGUUCUAGAAGACAUAAAAGGUAA